AUGCAGGAAUUUUUAUUGGUAAAUCCAUCGGGUCCACCACGAAAAGCGGUUUUAUUGGUCGAGUCAGAUGAGCAAAAAUCUGUCGAAACUCCGCAGCAAAAUAAUGAUCCAAAAAAUCACGACGACGAAAUACACCAAAACAAUCUUCGGAAAAUCAUCAAAAUAAACAAGCUCCAGAUCAAAAACCAUCAAGAUAAGCAAGCUCAGGCAGCUAAUAACGAUCAAAGAAGUCACGACAAACAUGCGCAAAAACAAACUUCGGUUCAGCGUCAAGAGGUGCAAGAUCAAGUAGUUAACAAAGAUCAACGAUACGGCGAUGAUCAUACAACAAAAAACAUAGCGGACCAACGAAAAGAUAUUCAAGCUCAAUUUGGCGUUCCAAAUACUAAUCAAGCUUUAGACGCUAAUGCUUUUGCAGCUUUGCAAGCGCUAGCUAUUGCGCAACAAGAUAUUUCACAAAUUACGUCAACAUAA